GGCAGUGAUUGAACUCAGAUUUAUUUCCACUUUAAGUGGCUUUAUUUUGCAACACGACUGUGUCAGACAGAAAAGGGUGGGAUUUUUAUUUAUUAUUUUUUUUUUUUUCAGAGGUAGCUAUCACAUGUCACCACUGGGGCCAUGCGGCUCUUUACAGUGGGGAAGUUGAGGCACUUCCUCCUUCUUAUCUGAGCUGGUUCUGAAACCAGUCRCUGACAGCCGUGUCUAUGGGGAACCAGGACCUCCUCUGGGUUCGUUUUGACUGACUUUUCAGCUGGUUUACAUUACAAAGCCUCGGCUCAUGUCACCAGAGGGGAGACAAACAGCCAGUUCUCGUGCGUAAAAAGGUGGGAUCAGAGUGCAGCUGUUUGUGCCACAAUGGCUGCGACGUAGCGCAACUUUUUCUUUCUUUCUGUUUGGGGGGAUCGGAUCGACGGGAUUCUGACUUUUCCAGCUGAGAAGAAGGCAACAUGAAGAAGCAGUUUAAUCGCAUGAGGCAGCUCGCCAACCAGACUGUUGGAAGAGCGGAGAAAACUGAGGUGCUGAGUGAUGACCUCCUUCAGAUCGAGAAGCGGAUGGAACUGGUCCGCCUGGUGUCGCACAACACGCACAAGAAGCUGGUGUCCUGUCUGCAGGGUCAACUCGGCUCAGAUACGGAGAAGAGACACAAAAAGUUGCCGCUGACCUCGCUGUCCCAGGCCAUGCAGGAGGGAGGGGGUCAGCUGGGAGAUGAGAGUCUGAUUGGGAAGAUGAUGGAGGUGUGUGGGGAGGCAGAAAGCCGGUUAGCCUCUGAACUGAUGCAGCAUGAGGUGCAUAUUGAGAAAGAGGUUCUGGAUCCUCUCAACCAGCUGGCAGAGGUGGAUAUUCCUAACAUAUUCAAGCAGAGGAAGCAACUUGCUAAGCUAGUUCUAGACUAUGACUCAGCAAAAACCAGGUAUUUUCAGGCUGCAAAAUCCAACAACCAGGCCAUGGCAGCUAAAGUGGAUUCUCUCAAAGAUGAGAUGGAUGAAGCUCACAACAAAGUAGAAAUAUGCAAGGACCAGCUCUCUGCAGACAUGUACAACUUUGCUUCAAAGGAGGGAGAUUACGCGCGCUACUACGUCAUGUUACUGGAGGCCCAGGCCGAAUACCACAGGAGGUCUCUGGCAGCUCUGGAAGCUGCCAUUCCAACCAUCCAAAUGCAGCAAGAUUCCUGGAUGGAGAUGCCRGCGUUCGGCACGGCACUGGAGGAGCACCUGAAGAAGAGCAACCGUGAGAUCGCUCUGCCCAUCGAGGCCUGCGUCAUGAUGCUGCUGGAGACCGGCAUGAAGGAGGAGGGUCUCUUCCGGAUCGCAGCUGGAGCCUCCAAGCUUAAAAAGCUCAAAGCGGCGCUGGACUGCUCCACCUCGCAGCUGGAGGAGUUCUACUCAGACCCCCACGCCGUCGCUGGAGCCCUGAAGUCUUACCUCCGGGAGCUUCCUGAACCUCUGAUGACUUUUAGUCUGUACAACGAGUGGAUUCAGGCCUCCAACGUGUCGGACCCCGACAAGAGGCUGCAGGCUUUAUGGGUGGCGUGUGACCACCUGCCAAAGGCUAGCAAAGCCAACGUCAGGUAUUUGGUGAAGUUCUUGGCUAAACUGGCUCAGGAAAGUGAGGUGAAUAAAAUGACUCCCAGCAACAUCGCCAUCGUCCUCGGGCCCAACCUGCUCUGGGCAAAGACUGAAGGGACACUUGCAGAGAUGGCUGCAGCUACAUCUGUUCACGUGGUGGCCAUCAUUGAACCCAUUAUCCAACAUGCUGAUUGGUUCUUCCCCGGCGAGGUGGACUUCAACGUUUCGGGCAUGUUUUCCAUGCCCAGCCAUCCGCCGACCCCCGACCUAGAACCCAACCUGGACAGGAAACGCCCCGGCAGCAUGGGGCAGGACGGGGACAGUCUCGCCCCUCGUAAAGACAGCCCUGUUAACAAACAUCCGGAGCCCACCCCACGCAGAGCUGGCACCGUAAAUAGAAAGCAGGCACAACUAACCUCGCCCACCUUCCAACCCACGCUGGCCUCUCUGGAAAGCGGGGGUCCUUCCCAGCAGCCUGAGCCGCAGCCCCCAGUUCUGUCCCAGGCUGCAGAGCCUGGUCCGAGCAGUGCCGGUACUGGCGCUGGUGCUGGCGGUGGGGAUGUUCAGGGGGGUGGGGUCCAGGCAGCCACAGCGCAGCCUCAUGUUGUAACGCAGCUCGGCGCAGAGGAGAGCAGCCCGGCCCGGGAGCACACGUCCACCCCCCCUCCACAGAGGAAUGGUUUAACUCAUCUCACUCCCGGAACCCAACCCUCUCAGGGUGGGUCACGAGGACCAAGUCCACAUAUGGUCCGCAGAGGUACCAAGAAGCAUGCACCAGCUCCCCCCAAACAGCCCAGCCCCUUCGCCUCUCAGUCCACCAACUCCCUGGCGCCCGGCUCACCGAGCAACCCACCCGUCAUACCUCGCCGUCACUCCAGCAAAGAGAUCAUUCAAGCCCCGAGCCACCCGCCGCCGCAGCCGCCUCAAGCCCACCAGGCUCAGGGAGAGCCGGAGCCGUCACCCCCCAGCACUCCCACCCCUCCGGGCACUCCGACUCACGACAGGUCGCACUCCAGCUCGAUCCCCUCCUACCCCUCCGGGUCGCUGCCGCGCCCCAGGCCCGCUCCGAAGCCCCGGGCGCGGCCCAGCAUGCCUCCACCGCAGAAGCCUGCAGCGAGCGAYGAUAACGGCAUCUGCAGCUCGGCAUCGAAGAUUAUAACAGAUGGAGGCCUGGUUCUAAAGGGGAUUGGAAAAGCUUUCAUCCCUCAGGUGAUCGAGGAUCAACAGGAAAGGGGCUCUGCUGGUCAUGAGCCCGUCCCGCCCCCAGUGCUUCAUUUCUCGACAGAAUACACAUCUCUGUAAGAAAAGGCUUCGUCUGUCCAGCCUUUAUUGUUUGGUAUCAGAUAUGAAACAGGUAACCAACGAGCUUCCUGUUUGUUCUCUGGAACAAAAAAAAAAGCCUUCCUUUUUUUGUAUUUGCUAUAUAGACUCGAAACAGAAGCUGUUUUUAAAGCGACGGUUUCAGCCACCACCUUCCACACGAGGCAUCGCUCUGUGUUUUUUUCAAGCACUGCUGGGUAUUUAAAGCUUGGACUGCAGAGCCUGAGUGCACGAGGCUAAACGGACCUCAGCUGAACUUUUAAGAUUGCUGGAAAAUUUUCGCCCUCUUCKGUUGGUUCCUGCGUUUUUAUACCAAAAGCAUUCAAUGAUGGAAAUCUGUUUUUAAACCAAUGUUUUUAACCACAAAGAGCCUUUUAAUUUAGAUCUGCUGCAGCACAGAUGUGUGAAAGUUUUAUUUAUCCUCAAUAUUUUCCAGUUUUAUCAUUUACAGCUGACGAAAUGUGACAUUCUGAGCUGUCAAACUGUGCAGAWCAAACAAAGGACCAAAGAAACUUGAGUUCAGAUUCAGAGCUUUUUUUAAAGCACAUCUUAAUUUUGCUAAUGACCAAAAACUUUGACAAGAGUGCAAUAUAUAUAAAAACCUGCAGUUUUCCUCCAUUGAUGACCUCACAGCUUGUACACUGCAGUUUCAAUGCGAUUUAUAUUUUUAAUCCAGGGGGAGGGGUUUUGAUUGUUUUAAUUUUUUUAUUUGCUUUUAUUUGAUGUCCACUGAGCUGAUCCAAGAACUGAACAUAGUAUUUGAUGCUCAAGGACUAGAUUUGUUUUUGUAGAGGGCUGUUUUUUUCCCCUGUAACUGAUUGCAUCAAUUAUGACCAAAUAAAAUCAACUUUUGAGUCUC